AUGAAACUACUUGUGGUCUCUAUCCUUGUCAUUCUCUGUGCAACCCACGUGGUUUGUCUAACCAUCGAGGAACAAAAUAAACUUCUUGCGGAGUUGAACAAAGAUCGUCAAGAAAUAGCAAAAAAGACUGGGAUCAAAUUUGAAAUUGUGACCUAUGAUGCUAAACACGAAGACGGAAUUCGUACAUUUUCUCCCCCUUGCAGUUAUCUUGACUACCGGGGCGGUUUGAUUAUUCUGAGAGCAACCGAAGUCACCUAUAAACUACUUUCACAUAUCGAUUGGAAUAAACAAGAGCUUGGCCUCUUCCGUCCAUUUACCACUGAAAUUGGAUGCAUCAAGGAUUUCGCGUGUUCUAAAAUUACAAAAGACUUUAACGGAACACAUGUUCAAUUCAACGGGGCAUGGAAGGUUGCACCAGAGCUUAUGGAGGAUGGUGUGGAAUCAGAUAGAAUGAUUGCUACCGGCUGGUCAUGA